GAUCAUGGACGAAACGCCGCAUGUUGUGGAGUUGGACCAGGCUCAGGUGAAAAAGGCUGUACAGGCAUUGCAGGCUUACCUGAAGAGCACUUCAUCUGGCCGCCGUCUCCUGGACGACAAUCAGCACAUAUUUCUGCUCCUGACAGUAUGGAAAAUUCCCCAAGUUAAACAGACCGUUCGCAUUCCUUUGCCUCACGGGAUCCGAAAAGAGUCAGGAGAGGUAUGUCUCUUCACUCGCGACGAACCCCAGAUGACCUCAGAUCAGACAGAAAGGUUUUAUAAGAAGCUGCUCACAGAGAGGGGAGUGAAGAAUGUCUCAGAGGUGAUUCCUUAUAAAGUCCUUAAGACAGAAUACAAGCCGUUUGAGGCGAAGAGGAGACUGUUGAAGAACUUUGAUCUCUUCCUGGCCGAUGCACGCAUUCUUCGGCUGUUACCCUCUCACAUUGGGAAGCAUUUCUAUGAAACAAAGAAGAAUCCUCUGUCUGUGGACCUGGAGAGCAAACACCUGGCCCGGGAUAUGGAACGACUCAUCCAGGGCACCUCGAUGACAAUAUCCGUGAAAGGGCCUUGCAGCACGGUGCGCGUAGCACAUUCAGGGAUGACAGCUGAGGAAAUAGUUGAGAACAUCAUCACUGCAGUGAGGACCAUCUCAUCAAAGAUGCGCUCUAAUGGAAUGAACAUCAAAAUCAUCCACUUGAAAAGUCAGACCUCUGUGGCUCUCCCCAUUUACACUUCUGACCUGAGUCACCUCUCAGUGCUGGAGCAGGGACAGGCUAAGGCAGCUUUAGCCAAGAAAAAUAAAAGAAAGAAACAGAACAAGCCAAAGACAGAUGCAAGUGAGGAGGGCGACGAGACUGUGAAUGAAGAGGGCAACAAGGCUGAGAGUGAAGAGAUUAAAGAGGAGGAAGAAAAAGAUGAUGAAGAAAUUCCACAGCUGGUGCCCAUUGAGACACCAAGCAAAAAGGCCAAACUUGAGGUGACGUCCAAAAAAGGACUGAGGAAAGCCCAAAAGCCUGCUGGGAAAAAAGGAGGACUGAAGAACAAAAAAGGAUCACUUAAGUUAACUAAAAAAGACUCAAAACCCACUGGACUGAAGCCGAAGAAAAAGGUUCCAACAAAACAGUAGAAUUUGACGUUCUAUAAAAGCAAUGUCAGAAGAGAUCUGUUUCCCCUUAUUAUUGUUAUAUUCUUUGUUUUAUACAAUGACCACCAAGAUGCUACUUUAUUGACCAUGUGAAACUGAAACACCACUGGACAGUGAUGUUGUGAAAGUGCUACAUUUUUCUGUACAAAUCCAUUUGUAAAGUAAAAAGUAUACAUUGAAA